ACAACAUUGAUUAGAAGAAACAGAUUUUAGCAUAACGGAAAGGCGUGCAAAUGUUUAAAGUCAGCUACUAAUCUUUGCAGCUCUACUAUGCUGCAGAAGGACACAUGCACACAAACAAUCCUUCAGUUACAUGAAUGUACUAACUGUAAAAAAAAUUCCUUUAUAAUAAUGAAGUGACAGUUAGAUAAGUAUCCCAUCAACGUUUUUAAUAAGUAUCUGAAAAGGUUUACUGUCAAAGGGCUUCCUCUCAGUGUACAGCAGGCCCAACCUGAGGCAGUGCUGAGAUUGUUAGUGUAGCUUAUUGUGGUGUUUCUGGGGUUUACACCACGAUAACGGAUCAUACAGUGGGAGAAUAUUCUAUGUUGUAUGCUGCGUGUGUGAUUUCAAUCAUGAAAUAAUCAGGUGUCUACAGUUAUUAGGGGAGAAAAAAGAAAUCGGGUUGAGAAUUGAAAUAUUGUGCAUUAAAGGCUGAGGACAUGGGAAUGUUCACAUGAAGAGCCAGCACCUCAGAAUAAUCCAAGGACUUUCUUCCUCUUUUUCGUUCUGAAGCGGAAUCACCAUAAAUAAUAUUUUGGCACCUGUUGUAGUGAUAGUGAGAGACAGUCAUGUGAUUUCCCUAUCACAUGACUGUGAUAGGGAAAGGGAGCAACUCCUGUUGUGUGACCGAGUGGUUAUUUGGUCAGGGUUGCACGAGAGAGAGGCGGAACCUGUCAAGGCAGAUCGACAGGUCUCAGCCUCGUUGGCGGUUAGAGCGCAGGAAGUUGUCUGGCAUACGUAACAGCAGCGGGAGGCAUUCGUUUCACUGCCGUUUCUUCACCCCUGCAGCCUCCAUCCCAUUCUUUGCAUGCGAGUUGAAGGCCGUGACUCCCUACAGACGUGGCUUUUUCUGCGGAGACUCCAGCAUCACCUAUCCCUACGAGAAGAAAGAGGCCAUCCCUGACAGCCUGCUCAUCGCUGGCGGUAUAAUCAUCACUGGCUUAACGAUUGCACUGGGCGAGUGCUACCGGGUACGUUUCCGAGGUGUGCACUCGCGGGCGUUUGUCCGAAACCGCUAUGUGUCGUGCCUGUACAAGGAACUGGGGAGCUUCCUCUUUGGUUGCUGCGUGGGUCAGUCUCUCACCAACAUGGCCAAACUGAGCGUGGGACGCCUGCGGCCCAACUUCCUGUCGGUGUGCAACAUCACCUAUGCACUCAUCAACUGCACUCCGGGCAGUUAUGUGCCCGAGGUCACCUGCAGGCAACCUAAUCAUAAGAUGGAGGAGGAGGCAAGGAAGUCUUUUUUUUCUGGCCACGCUUCCUUUGCAAUGUACACCAUGCUCUAUUUGGCAUUCUACCUACAGGCACGGUUGUCAUGGCGAGGAGCCCGGCUGUUGCGCCCGUUAAUACAGUUCCUCUUAGUGAUGAUCGCUAUCUACACCGGCCUGAGCCGCAUCUCCGACUACCGCCACCACCCCAGCGACGUCCUCACAGGCUUCAUCCAGGGAGGCCUCACUGCGUACUGGGUGGCCUUCCACAUCUCCUCCAUGUUUAAGUCCUGCGCCCGUUCAGACCUGUCUCCCACGAGCAUGUCCCUGGAGAGUCCACUGUCCAGCCAGCAAACUGUCUGUUAGCAGGCGCACGCCGUCACUCCAGCAACCAGAUGAUGAGAGGACAUGGACGGCAGAACGACAGACAAGCACGGGCGAACAGCAGAGACGAGAGAGAGAGAAAUCUUUUAAGAAAGGGAAUUAUUCUAAGAUAAAAGUGUACAAUCUACACAUGCAUGCUCCUGUGGGCAAACUGACACACAACAUACACUCACACAGUAAUCUAACAUGCUCACACACACACACAUGAAAUUCAAAAAGCACAUAUGACUGUGAGUCAAACCCGUCCAGUGAAAAGAACUGCAUAGUAAUAUUAGACAUAUUUUUUAUAUAUGAAAAACAAAAAAAUAAUAAAAAAUGUCUAUUUUUCAACAGCUGCUAAUAAUAAUAAUAAUAAUAGUUCCUAGUUUGAACUUGUUUUCUUCUGUGAUGGAGGCAUCUUGUCAGUGCACGUGGUUCAGCUUUCAAAGCACAACCGCUCACUCUUUUGUCACUGGGUGAGAGAAAGAGGGGAAAAAAACUCCUUUUGUUUUUGACCCUCUGCCUCCGCUCGGGAAACUUUACCCAGCAGCUGUGAACUGAGACCAUCACACCUCGGAUGUUAGAAAAAACACCACUGGCUUCAACUCGUAACCGUUUUUACCUUCAGUGGCCCGAUGUGCCACUGCUCUAAUCCCACUGCCCUGCAUCACUAAACAAUAACCUGUAUGUAAGAAAGCAGCAUUUGUGCUGUGUCACGAUGUUAACCAGGGCAGUGUCAGGAGGAGGAAUCAGGUAACUCCACCUCCCCUUCGCUGCCAUUUCCCUCUACUAACCACUUUGACUGUGUCUCAGAGGUGGAGGCUCGACUGAAUUUUAACCUUUGACUUUUGCCCCUGGACUCUGAGCUGCACCUUGAUUUAUGCCACUCUGACAGGAGAGCCGCCCCCACGGGCCCUCCUGCGCAUCUUUAUUAAUAGCACUUGAACGUACAUAAUGGAACCUUCUUAUUAUAAUCAAUAUUAUAUAUUUUAUCACAAGUUUGAAUAAUCAGUGUUUAUUUUUUAUUAAUGUCAGACUCAUACACUAUAUUUGUUUUUUUUUUCUUCCUGAAAUGAUAAUUAUUCAAAUUGAAUGUAAAUAGGUAUGUCAUUUUAUAAACCACACAGAAUUUUAAAAGUAUUAGUUCCAAGUCUGGACAGUUUUUACCUGUUUUAUGUACGUGAUUGUAUUUACAUUUGUGUUGAUCAGGUACGGAGACUCACUAUUGUAUCUGUUGUAACUACUAGACUGAGCCACAGAUAUUAUCAGAAAGCUAUAUUUUUUGUGUUCCCAGUUAUUGUCAUGUGUCUGUUUUGUCUGUGAAUGCCUGAAAGGCAGAAAUAACCACUGUAAUCAAAAAAAACCAAACCAAUAAAAUGAAAGUUGAAUGUU